GCAGACCCGACUAGUCACAACCUCAUAGGUCCCCACGCCAUGGCUGGAAUCUGGGAGGUAUCCCCCACCCCUAGUAGUAGACAGUGGACCUCUUGCAGUGUCCAGCGGCGUGAUCGAAUCGGCUUGCUUAUCCUCCUAAUGCUGGCUUGUGCAGCGUGCUACCGUCUUUCCUUAAUCCCAGCGGGAACUGCUUCAUGGCAUCGUCGAUUGUCUUGGAAGACAGACAGUAACAUAGAGGAAACUGCGAGCCAUUCAAUCGUCGUCCUUUCCGCAACAUCCGAAGAUCACUAUCACCCCGCUCUCGUUUCACCGCGUGAAGUCCAACCGUGGCAGGUGAUUAGGAUCGUUUCCGUGAAUCGCUAAAAAACGGGGAACGUCUAAUCGUUGGAUUCCUCAGGCACCGGAAGUCGCUUACGUUGCGAGUCAAAUGAUGAAACAAUAUGGAAGGCUGGACACGAAGGCCAAGAAGGAUUGCAAGCUGAUCCGUGACACCAACACGGUUACUUGGAAUAAUAACUCCAACUACGACGUUUUGACGCGCUGGCGAUAUCCUGGCAUUCCCGGCUCGUUCUUCGAUCAUGCUAUAAGCUUCAAGUACACGAGGAUGGAUGGUGUAACGCCUCGGCUUAAGAACUACCAGGCAAGACGCAACGUCAAAUUUGUUACGGUUUGCGACAUAACAAUGUGGUGUUUUUAACUACAGCGCAUCCUUUCAGUGCCGACUUCUUGUCAGAGGACAAGAUUAUGAGGCACUCAGGCGCCUGCCAGUGGUACAAUCGGUCCCCUUCACCGACCAACAAAAUAUCGGCCCAGUGUUCACUGACGAAGACUUGCAUAUGAUUGCGGUUGUUUUCCCUCAGGUAAGUGAGCGUUUGCUUCGUUAAGUUGCUGCGGAUUAUUGUCUUUACCAUCCCUUCUCCUCCCUGCAGUACCAUGCAUUCAAGGAGAAUGACUUGUUUUGGGGAACCAACUUCACGGAAUGGACGAACUUAAAAUUGGCCUUUUUCAACCCGUGGAACUUUCAACCAAUCAAGCAUCCUAUUGGAACUUAUGGGGGCUAUUAUAACAUGCUCAGCCACUCCCAUCGUACAAGGAUGGGGAAAUUGGCACGGUUUUAUGGCAUACAUGGCUUCGCAUAUCAUCACUAUUGGUUUGAGUGCAACACUGUAUUCUUGGAGUCCGUCAUUAUGGAAAUGCUGAAAGAUGGACAACCGGACGUCCCUUUUAUGCUCAUUUGGGCAAAUGAAGCCUGGACACGUCACUGGACAGGAGAGACUGGCGAAGUGCUUCAGUCGCAGGUGAGAGCACUUGACCAUAAAGAGAUGCACGGUGCAAAACGGUUGUACUCAGUCUCUUGAUCAUAUAAUGCAGAGCUAUGGGAAUGAGACAUGCUGGCGGUUACAUUUUCAGUGGCUUUUACCCCUAUUUAAGCACCCGAACUACAUAAAAGUCAAUAAUAAGCCAGCAUUUGGAGUCUACAUUGUCCCCCUUAUCAAGGAGCUGAAGCCAAUGUUGAAAUUAUGGCGAUCUCUUGCCAAAGAGGAAGGUUUGCCAGGGCUUCAUAUCAUCCAGUGCUUGGGCCAUAAAGACACAGGUGUAUCGAGAAAUGUCAAUGCCAUCAUGGAGUACCAGCCAAAUCUGAAGAAAGGGCGGAUGAAGGUUGAAUCUCCAACAAAACGACUGCACAAAGCUCAUUACAGGGGGGAGUAUCUUGGUUGGGACAACUUCCCAAGGCAUAACCUUGACCCGCAUUUUGUUGUUGGGGACCUUGAUGAUGAUCCUGUUCAUGUGGAGGCAAGGCUGGAAGAGAGGUUUCGAAUCGCUCGGAAUGAUCCGAACAAUGGAACGACCCCCAACCUCUUCUUCCUUACUGCAUGGAAUGAAUGGGGAGAGGGGAACAUGCUGGAGCCAAACAACAUAUUCGGGUAGGUUUGUGCCCCCUGGGAUGCAAGCUAACACGUUUAUUUGCUGGAGCUUAUUCCUUUCGUGUGCAGGUAUGGAAAUUUGAAUGCAGUUGCACUGGCAUAUGAGCACAGCAAGAAUGACGCCAGCAACGACAUUGACAUGUUAAACAAGCUGCAUGAAUCAAUGGACGAGUGCAGAUUGAAGCUGGACAUCCAAUACUACGUCGAUCUUGCAGGAGCAGACCUCUGGCAUCUACUGAGUGGGCCUGAACCAGAAAUGAGGGUGAUUGAGAACUGGCAAACAGAAGGCUUUAACAAAGGCAGGGAGUUCAGGCUGGUGAGUGAGCAGGAGGAUGCUGCUUGCAUGGGCAAAGCACAGUGUCGGUUUCUGUGUGGAAUGACCCUGGACAAGCACAUGGUGAGAUAUUUGCUGGAGGUGGACACAAGCCAUGUUGGGCAUUACAGCGAGAGCCCUUCAACUGAUGUUAACUGGAAAUGAUAUGCAUGCCACCAUAGCUUGUUUGCAUGUAUUUUAAUUAACGGGGUCUGAUCUAAGUUAGUGUUUGCUGGCGGAAAAUGGAGACUAUCGUUUGGGCAUGGAGCAAUUUAACAGGUUGCACUCCAAGGAAGUCCACGGGGCAUACACAGUUUCCUCCAUUCGCCGCAUCUCCUGUCCGUCUUUGACGACAAUGCUUUCUUCACUAGACGCAGCGCUUGAAUCAGCGUCUGGUCCACGCACGGCUGCCUUUCAGCCGAAGCUCAAACCUCGCGCUCGAAAGGGAGGAGCGGGCGGAGGGGCCAGUGCCGAAGCACCGGCACCCGCGGGACAAGUUGGCCCAUUCGCCGGUCCAUCAGGAGGGCGCACUGCUCCACCGGGAGGUGACGCGGGAAUUGCGCAGGUGAUAGCGCCGCCAGUCCGCGCGACAGCCACUGCAGCUACAGUCGCACCCGGACGAACAUCAGCACCAGCGCAACGCCCUCUUCCUCCCGCCGCGUCUUCCGCUCCACUACCACCCUCCCAGUCCGCAGCGCCAGAGGCUAUUGGCCUGGGCGCGGCUGCACCGUCCCCUUCGGUGGCAGUAGCAGCAGGGCCGACACAUCAAGCAGAGGGGUUUGGUUCGGGUUUGGGUGGUUUUGGUGCCCCGUCCGCAACAGCCGCUGCUGCUGCUUCUACCGCAGCCACCGCGGCCACCGUAGGCGCUGGUGCAAGAGCGUCUUCAGCAUCUGCCCCUGCUACAGCUCCCACCGCUCCCUCCUCACACGCCCCUGCCGUUCCCUCUCCACAGGCACCUGCUCGCCCCCCUCCGCGUGCUCCUGCGCCUAGUCCCCUAGUAGAUGGCCUUCAUAGCAAUGCUGCAGCUGCCACUGCUGCUGGUGCUGCGGCUGGCAGUGCCCAGGGAGCAGCAGACGCAGCGGUUAGGGGGAAUGGGAGAGGGAGGGAAAAGGAGAAAGGGGCAUCGGGAGGGGAUAAGAGCCGCGGCGUGAUUGGGUCGGGAACCAAGGGAGUUUUCUUCCCACACUCGUUCCGAAAGGGUAGAAGGCGGUCGCAGGUGACACCGGAGCUGCUGGCAGCAGAGGACCUUUCGGGCUUCACGAUUCAGCAGAUCAUUCAGCGGGCGGAAGUGCUGGAUAGGGAGAAGGAGAAGGAGGAGCAGGAGAAGAAGCGGAUAGAGGAGGAGGUGGAGCGCAACAGGAGGAAGCUGGCGAGGAGGCGAGGCGAGCCGCUGGAGGAUGGGAGCGAGGGCCCUGCUGCGUCUGCACCAGCCAGCAACCCCCCACCCACCAGCGCCAGUGGUGGUGGCGGGGGGUCGUUUGCCCCCCAGGUGACAGUAAUCGACGGGCGCAUAGUGGUGAACGAGGCGAGCUUGACAGUGGACGCACAGGGGGGGAGGGACGAGGGGAUGGAGGGGUACCGGCGAGUGGAGGAGAGCACUGCUCGGCUCAACUACGGCACUCAUAUGAAAAGGGAGAAGAGCGAUCGGUGGACCGCGGACGAGACAACCCAGUGGUACCUGGCACUUCAGCAGUUCGGAACGGACUUUGAGAUGCUCCAGGCGCUCUUCCCCAAGCGGUCCCGGCGGCAGAUGAAGGCCAAGUUCAAACGAGAGGAGACGCUGCACCCGCACCUGGUCACCCACGCGCUCACGCAUCGAAGGACAGACAAGGAGCAAUAUGAGCGCCUGGCCUCAGCUCUCAACCCCCAGCUGGCGCUUGAAGUCAGAGCUGCUCUAGCCAGUCCCUCUGCCACCCACGCUGUUGGCGGCGCUGUUGCAUCUGCUGGUGCUGUUGUCGUGAGAGGGAGGGAGGAAGGGGCAAGGCAGAGGGUGAGGCCGCAACAGCAGCCAGCAGCAGCAGCAGCAAUGAGAAGGCCCGGGGAAGCAGUUGCUGCUGCCACUGCUGCUGCUGCCACUGCACUUCACAAUGCAGCUGCCCCCGCCGCUGCUGGUGCUGGCGCAGGGCCUGGUGCUGCUGCUGCUGAUGCUGUAGGUUCUCCAAGGGAGGAGAGGAAUGGGCAUGGAAAGAGAGGGAGGACGGACAGAGGGGAGGGGGGUAGAGCGUGGAUGAAUGGGGGAGUAGGGGAGGAGGGAGAGGGUGGUGAUAACGAGGAGGGCUAUGAGGAGGAUGAGGGGAUGGUGGAGGAAGUGGAGAUGGAGGAGUGGAGGGCCGGCGCAGCCGCAGGGCAUUCAGGGGAGGGAGAGGAGGGAAGGAUGGGGCUAGGUGUAGGUGGGGAGGGUGAGUAUGGGGAAGGUGGAUAUGGGGAGGGUGACUAUGGGGUAGGAACGGAUGGAGCAGGGGAGCAUGGGAUUGUGACGCAAGAGAGUGUCGCUGUGACUCCAGCAGAGGGUGACUAUGGUGAGGCUGAGGAGUAUGGGGAGGGAGAGGAGGCGGAAGGGACCAUCGGGUACGAAGACCCAUUUGCUGCGUAUGGAGGGGAGGGGGAUAUCCCAGAGGAUCCUUUGGGCGGGUAUGCCUGAGUGUUACAUGGCGUUGCGUGCCGCCCUUCGAUCAUGUUUGCUAUAAUAACCAGAU